UGAAAUGAAUUGAUGGCAAUAUAAUAUCGGAUUUCGAACAGUGAAGAUCGAAAUAAAUUGCAGUGCGGUAUAAAAAACGCUUAACAAAAUAAACAAAAAUGAAUACAGCAAAAUAUUUGUGUGUGGUUGCAAUAAUUGCAUCGUUAACUUACUCGGCUUCUGCCGUUCACUGCUAUCAGUGCAAUUCUUUGGAUAAUCCCAAAUGUGGUGAACACUUUGAGGAUGCCCAGUAUAUGCGGAUCGAUUGUAGCCGUAUUCCUGCUCCAUUUUUUACCACAACCUUGUUGGGACGUAAUACCAAUGCCACCGGUUGUGUGAAGAAAACGCUGCAAGAACCUGCUGGUCGGACUUACAUUUUACGCAACUGUUUUUAUGGCGACGUCUCAAAUUCCAAAAAUGGCUGUGAUUUGGAUUCCCAAAACUUUGGAGUACAACAAUUGGCAUGCGAUGCAUGUAGCGGUGAUUUAUGCAAUAGCUCCACCUCAAUGGCGCCCGUUGCAAUGGCAAUUUUGAUGUUUUUUGCUCUGGCUCGUGUUUUCUCCUGAGAAAUUUCUAUAUCUAAGAACAAUACCAACAAAGUUGGUGUAUAUGAUAAAGGGGUAAUAAAUUAAAAAAAAAAUCUAUUAUAUAAUAAAUAUUUUGUAAAGAAAUUAAAUUUUUAUUAAACUUAAUAAAACUUCUUGAUGUACAA